AUGGAAGCGAAUGAGAGCCGUCACGUAUGUAGGGAAAAGAGAAAAGGGCCCAUGAUAGAACCCUGUGAGACACUCAUAGCAGAAGAUCCAGCAAAGAAAACUGAGAAGGAGCUCUCAGACAAACUGCCGCAGUGCCCCCAGGGAGCCUGCAGAGGGCGCAGCCUGUCGCCAGUGCGCAGGCGCAACUCUCCAAGCUCCGCCCUCUGCAGAGCCUCUAAUAGCGAGCUUCCGCCAGCUUUUCUCCCUUUUUCGCCCGUCCAGCCAUCGUGGUGGAAGCUCGGCUGUCAUCUCAUCAUCAUGUCCUCUCAUAAAACAUUCCGAAUCAAGAGGUUCCUGGCCAAGAAGCAGAAGCAGAAUCGUCCUAUUCCUCAAUGGAUUCGAAUGAAAACUGGUAAUAAGAUCAGGUACAAUUCAAAGAGGAGACACUGGAGGAGGACCAAACUCGGACUGUAAAGAAUGGCCAGUACAACGAAAGACAUUCUACAUAUUCCCCAUUCUACCACCCACCCCCUUUACCAUGUCAUCUAUCCAAUCAUUGAUCCAUCAAUCACCAGAUCCAUCAAUAGCCUCAUUGCACUAGAUAAGAAGGAAAUACUACGACUGCCCUCCCCAUAAGAAGGAAAUAAUAGUAAGCCUGCCCUCCCUAUUUCGGACACCGUCUGCUAAGAUGCAGACAUCCAAAAAAAAAGACAACAAAAUGUUAGGUUUGUCUUGCCCUUAAUGUGUUUCAUGGAUUGCAUUCAUGCGUUCGGGUAAUGUGUGUGUUGUGAUAUAGUUUAAAUUACUGUUACCUGCAUCUCUGUGUAGCAUUUGUAUGUUUGAGGUUAUGCUUAAGAGGUAGAGAUCAUAAUGAAACAAGUUAAUCCUGUCAAGAAAAGAACCAAGCUCCAGCCCUGCCUCGAAAAAGCCGUCACAAUAACCUCUCUGUGUUUUGUUUUGUGUUCUAAGGAGUUUUAAGAGAGCACCUACCUCACAGGGUUGUUGUGGGGAUCUAAGAUUUGCACGCCUUCAGUGUAAGCCUCCAGUGCUGCUAAUCCUGAGCUGUCUCAGCCAGAUUAUGCGCAGCUGACUGUGCUCAUUUAUCAAACUCACAGUCAGAGAAGUAGCCUGUUGACCCCCUGCUUAUUUCACACAAUAAGCUGUCUUAGUUCCUUGUUGGGAGGUGGUAAUUAAGUGUUGGCAACCUAAAAGUUGUCGGUUCUUUGUGUGUUCCGGGAAGGCCCAACCUUUGUUAGGAACUAGACCUGGUCCAGGUGAAUGGCUUCACAUUUUUCUGAAGAUGCAAUUCUGCUAAUAAAGGGCUUCUACAAAAAAAAAAA